AUGAGUAAUGUUAAGUCUAGGGUGGUGGUGGAUACGGGGUUGGGGCAGUGUCAGGGGAAGAUAGAGGAAUAUGGGGUCCAAUUGGAGAGUAGAACCUGCCCAGCAGCUCCCGAUAACUUCUUGAAUGUACACCUGAUCCCUCACACACACAACGAUGUGGGCUGGCUAAAGACCGUCGAUCAGUAUUACUAUGGAGGGCUUAAUAACAUCCAGCACGCUGGAGUGCAGUAUAUCUUGGACUCGGUGGUUCCUCAGCUGCUUGCAGACCCCAAGAGGAGGUUCAUCUAUGUGGAGAGCGCAUUUUUCUGGCGUUGGUGGAGAGAACAGAAAGUGCCAGUGCAGAAAGAUGUUGUACACUUAUUACAGGAAGGUCGCUUGGAGUUUAUAAACGGCGGCUGGUCAAUGAACGACGAGGCCGCCACGCACUACAAUGCCAUCAUCGACCAGAUGACUCUAGGCCUGCAGUUCUUGCAGAACGUGUUUGGUGAAUGCGGCAGACCGCGGGUCGCUUGGCACAUCGAUCCCUUUGGACACUCCAGGGAACAAGCGUCGCUGUUUGCACAGAUGGGCUUUGAUGGCUUCUUCUUCGGCCGGCUGGAUUAUCAGGAUAAAGUCAAUCGAGAAAAUACGCAGCAGAUGGAGAUGAUUUGGCGAGCGAGCGAUGACUUAGAAGCACCCAAUGCCGAUCUCUUUACUGGCGUACUUCCCAACGGGUACAACCCACCAGAGGGCUUCUGCUGGGAUCAGCUGUGCAGUGACGCGCCAAUCAUGGACGAUCCGCAAAUGGAAGAUUAUAAUGCAGAUGUCAUGUUAACCAAUUUCAUUAAGGCUGUAAACGCUCAGGCGCCAAACUACCGCACAAAACACAUCGCUAUGACGAUGGGCUCCGAUUUUCAAUACGAGAAUGCCAUCCCUUGGUUUAAGAACAUGGACAAACUCAUCAAUCUAGUCAAUGCUGAGCAAUCAAAUGGAAGUAAGGUGAAUGUGGUGUACUCUACCCCGAGCUGUUACCUGAGUGCACUGAAUAGGGCCAACCUCAGCUGGCCAGUGAAGAUGGACGACUUCUUCCCAUAUGCAGACGGAGCUCACAUGUUCUGGACGGGAUACUUCACCAGCCGCCCAGGCUUCAAGGGAUAUGAAAGGCUCAGCAACAACUUCCUGCAGGUCUGUAAUCAGUUGGAGGCUUUGGCUGGAUCAGCUGCAAUACAUGGACCAUAUGGAACCAGCAGCAGCCUAGAGCUCAGGCAAGCAAUGGGUGUAGCUCAGCAUCAUGACGCUGUAACAGGGACGGCAAAGCAGCAUGUGAAUGAUGACUACGCUUUGCGCCUCUUUAAGGGUUGGAAAGCCUGUCAGGUUGUGGUCAGUAACGCUCUCUCCAGUCUGAUGGGGACUAAAGAAAACUUUGCGUUUUGCAAUCUGCUGAACAUCAGCGUGUGUCCUUCAACAGAGGCAUCCAAAACUUUCAGCGUGUUAAUCUACAAUCCCCUGGCACGUGCAGUCACACAGUACGUUCGUCUUCCUGUAAAUGGCACUUUAUAUGCGGUUAAAGGUCCUGCUGGUGAAUCCAUUGCAAGUGAGGUAGUUCCAGUUUCGAAAUUCACCAAAGAUGUUCGCAGAGACAAAGGUUAUGCUGAGCGAGAACUGGUUUUCCCGGGACAAAUCCCCGCGCUGGGCUUCAGCAAAUUUACAGUUGAGAAGGUCUCCGCUCCAGAGCGAUUCCUCGGGACGAAGGUUAAAAAAAACCCGACAUCGAUUGAGAACAAGUUUUACCGAGUGACAUUUGACCCAGAUACAGGGCUGAUUAGCAACAUUCAGAAUCUGGAGAAGCAGAUUUCCCUUCCUGUAAACCAGAGUUACUACUGGUAUAAUGCCAGUUCAGGGAACGAAGACAGUUCUCAGACCUCAGGAGCCUAUAUCUUCCGACCAAACCAGUCAGAGCCAAUUUCAAUAUCUCAGAAUGUCCGGAGUUAUCUGGUGAAGAAUUCCCUGGUGCAGGAGGUGUAUCAGAACUUCUCAGCGUGGUGCUCACAGGUGGUCCGUCUGUACUCGGAUCAGAAGUAUCUGGAGCUGGAAUGGACGGUGGGACCUAUUCCAAGAAGGGACAGUAAUGGGAAAGAAGUCAUCAGCCGCUUUGACACCAAUUUGCAGACAGAUGGAUUAUUUUAUACUGAUGCAAAUGGAAGGCAAAUAUUACAGAGAAGGAGAAAUUCCCGUGACACAUGGGCGUUCAAGCAAACAGAACCAGUGGCUGGAAACUAUUACCCAGUAAACAGCCGAAUCUUUAUCAAGGACAAGAAUAUCCAGCUGACUGUUUUGACCGAUCGCUCCCAAGGAGGAUCCAGCAUUGUGGACGGGUCAAUGGAGCUCAUGGUACACAGGCGUCUCCUAUAUGACGACUUCCGUGGGGUAGGAGAGGCACUACUGGAGCCAGGACAGUACAUGGAGGGUCUUGUAGUCCGGGGGAAGCACCUGCUGGUACUGGACACCCCAGAGGCCUCUGCCAAUGUUCACCGCAAGCUGGCCUUACAGCAGUACUUGUCACCACAAAUAGUCCUCUCCACCGGACAAGGAGCGCCCUAUGGAAAAGGCCAGCCGACCAAUCGGUUUUCAGCUCUGCGCGCUCCGCUCCCAGACAACCUCCACCUGCUCACCUUCGCCCAGCAUGAAGCCAAUAAGAUCCUCCUGCGUCUGGAGCACCCCUUCCAAGGACAUGAAAGCGGUAAUUACUCCAAGCCCGUCACAGUGAAUCUCAAGGAGCUUUUCUCUGCCCUGACCUUGUCGAACUUCAAGGAAACAACCCUGGCUGCUAAUCUCCCGAAGGACAAGAUGAAGCGCAUGCAAUGGAAAAUCUUCCAGAACAACCUCAGCACUCCGGUUGUGGUAAACAGUCCGGCCCUGGACCCCACAAGUGUCACUCUUCAGCCGAUGGAAAUCCGCACCUUCCUGGCUACAGUGCAGUACAGGAAACACGCCAAGUGGGGGAACUGGCGACAGUGA